AUGCUAUUGCAAGACCUUUCUUUUCCAGUGGCCAUCGGUUCAGCCUUUGGCGCGUUCGCGAUAUACGUAGUCGCUCGAUGUAUCUAUGAUCUGUUUUUCCAUCCAUUGCGCAACUUUCCCGGUCCCAAACGGGCAGCCAUAUGGUCUUUCUACGAGUUCUAUUACGAUGUUAUUAAAGAUGGCACUUAUCUCUGGGAAAUUGAGAAGAUGCACCAAAAAUAUGGACCGAUUGUUCGCAUCAACUCAAGAUCGUUGCAUAUUCACGACCCGGAAUACUUUAACACCAUCUACGCUGGAAGUGGCCGCAAGGUCAACAAAGAACUGUCAGCCGUGUCUGGCUACACAUUUCCGCACUCCACCAUCUCUACUCUCGAACAUGACCUUCACCGCAAACGUCGUGCCAUUGUGAAUCCAUAUUUUUCCAAAAGGGCCGUCGCGGACAUUGAGCCUGCCAUCCACGAGCGUCUUGAUGCAUUGAUCUCUCGUCUCGCAGAGGCAAAGGGAACCGUCGUUGAUCUGACGUGUGCCUUUUCUGCCUUCACUGCGGAUGUUGUCACCUACCACUUCUAUGGCUCUCAUGCAAACUACAUUGGCAGCAAGGACUUCAAGUAUGGACUCAAGGAUGCACUGACUGUGUUGUUGAAUCUGUACAACCUCACACGUUUCCUGCCCAUUCCUCCAACCACACUCAAGAACCUCCCGUUGCCAAUCCUCGGGUUGAUCAACCCGAACUUCCCUCGGGUAGUGUCGGCGCGAGAGGCUAACAAAAAGAUGAUCCGGAACUAUCUCGACAAGCCCGAUGAAGAGAAAAAGGCCAUGAAAGAUGCUAGAUCCAAGUCUGUGAUCGUCAGCGCAUUGACGGACCCCACUGUGCCCGAGGAGGAGAAAACACUGGAUCGUCUGUUGGAUGAGGGCGAAACCAUCAUAUUUGCUGGAAUUGAUACCACUGCUAGAACACUCUCCGUUGCGCUGUUCCACUUACUCAACAAUCAGAAGGUGCUGAUGAAGCUGCGCAAAGAAUUGGAGACUAUUGCAAAGCCGGAUGGUCAACAAUGGACCACGACAGAGCUUGAGGCUGUGCCCUAUAUGAGAGGUGUCGUCCAGGAAGCAAUCCGACUUACGUACGGUUUGGUCGUGCGGAUCCCGAGAAUCUCUCCAAACGAAGCUCUCCAGUACAACGGUUUCGUUAUUCCACCCGGAACACCAGUCAGCCAGUCAACCUACCUGGUCAAUAACGACGCUUCCAUAUUUCCCAAUCCUCAAAUCUUCGAUCCGGAGCGUUGGGUCAAGGCUGCACAAGAUGGUACCAACCUCGACAAAUACAUGGUCAGCUUCAGCAAGGGCAGCAGAGCAUGCCUUGGUAUCAACCUGGCAUAUGCAAAACUCUACCUCGGUAUCGCAAGGGUUGCAACAUCCUUAGAUAUGGAGCUAUUCGAAACGACACAGAAAGAUAUGGAUGUAUACCAUACGCGCGGGUUCGCCUUUCCCAAGGAGGGUGACGGUUCAGUCAAGGCACGGGUAAGGGGUCUGUGCAAAGAGUAA